AUGCCCAACCCGCAAGGCAAAAACGGGAGAGGUGUUGUUAGUCCUCCAGAUGCAAUCAUAAGACCGCUUGUAGAGCAGUAUGUUGCCAAUGGUUACAGCAAUCAAGAGAUCAUCUCUCGUCUUCGGGCACACCAGGAGACUAGCAAGUUCAAUAUAUCCGACGUUCACAGUGGGGAGUUAUGUCUGCCCGUGGUCAAGCACACAAUUGAAAGCAUUGGACCUGCCAUCGAGCGUGUUCGUCAACGGUUCCCCAAACAGGGCUCGCACGACAUGAAGCAAACCCUUAGGCAAGAGGAACAUAUCAUGGUUCCAAGAGACUUAAUACUGCGGUACAUGAACCUUCACCAUCCAGAUGAAGUUCAGCGCCGGAAGAGUCGCCGGCUCAAACGCAGCACUUUUUGGACUGCAGGUCUUCACGACAUUUGGGUUUUUGACCAACACGACAAGUGGCGUCGUUUUCAGCUCUUCCUACAUGUUGGUAUCGAGCCGUUCUCAGGGCGAAUACUCUGGCUCAAGAUCUGGUGGACCAAUCACAAUCCACGCUUGAUCUGUGGCUGGUAUUGUGACACGGUCCAAAGCCUUGGAGCUAUGCCUCUCGUUACCCAAAGUGAUCCGGGCACAGAGAACAACGGGAUUGCGAACGGUCACACCAUGCUUCGUCAUCUUCAAGAUCCAGCCAGAAAUUUUCUGGAGCCAAUUGCGCGUCGCUGGACUCCGGGUUUCGAAGAUAUUCUCGAUUUCGGUUUGAGUGCAGGCAUCUAUAACCCGGAUGAUGCACUCGAAAGGUUCUUCUUUUAUGUCUUUGAUACUUCUUGCACUAACACUCAUGAGCUCGAUCUUUUUGCCGAUAAGUUCAACAACACUAAACCCCGCUUCAACAUGCACAAAAUCCUACCACAUGGUCGCCCCAAUGAUAUCUUCGAUUGCCCUGAGAAAUUUGAUUGUCGGGACUUCUCUGUGAUCGUCGAUAAUUCCUCACUUGAGGAGGUCCGGAAAACAUACGCUCCUUCCGAUCACCCCGUUUUUCUCUUGGUACCCCAGGAAUUCUCCCAGCAGGCUACGGCAUUCAUGUCUGAGCUCGGUCAUACUGUACUGACUCGUGACAUAUCUGGGACGUGUAUUCAGGUCUUCUUAUGUGCUUUCGAGCCAUUGAAGGCGAGGAUCCCAUUCGAAGUAGGAUGUGUUCUGGAUUUACCGCCAUUUGUUGAAGGGGCUGGAUAUCGUGUACCCACUGGUGAAUCUGCGGCAGUCAACUCAUCAGAUGAAGAGUCUGACUUCUACGAGUUUACCUGGACAGAUGAGGAGGCAAUUUAG